AAGCUCAAUUCAUCCAAAAGAUUGUAGAAGAGCUUUCACUGGAGCUACAUUCCACCCAUUUCAGCAUUGACAAGAAAUUAGUAGGAAUGGAAACCCGGAUCAAUGAUGUUGUAUCUUAUUUAGGAAUUGGUUGUGAUGAUGUCCGAAUGAUCGGUAUCAAGGGGAUGGGAGGUGGUGGGAAGACAACUUUGGCCAGAGCUGUUUUUGAUCAAAUAUCCUUUCGGUUCGAAGGUAAAAGCUUCGUCGAGAAUGUGAGGGAAAUUUCAAAUGCUUCGUUAUCCGGUUUCAAGUUGUUGCAAAAUCAAGUCCUCUCUGACGUAUUAAAUGAUAAAGACAUCAAUAUAAGUAGUGUUUAUGAUGGUAAACACAUGAUGAAGAGGAUGAUGCCCAAUAGGAAGGUUCUUGUUGUUCUAGAUGAUGUGGAUCAUAUAGACCAACUUGAGGCGUUAGCUGGUGAGCCUAAUUGGUUUAAGCCGGGAAGUAGAAUUAUUGUUACAACAAUAGACGAGCAAGUGCUCAUAGCACACAGAGUGAAGUUGAUUCAUGAUGUCAAUUUGUUAUCCGAUAUGGAAGCAAUUUGCCUCUUCAAUAAGUAUGCAUUUGGUGGCGAUAUUUCUAUUCAACAAUAUGAAAAGCUAUCCAAACAAGUUGUAGGUUAUGCUGCUGGUCUUCCUUUAAUGGUCAGAGUUUUAGGAUCAUUUCUUUGUGGUAAAAAUGAGCUUGAAUGGGAUUACAAGGAAAUAUUCCUAGAUAUUGCAUGCAUCAUGAAAGGCUGGCGGAAAGACAAUGCAAUAAAAGCAUUUGAAAGUUGCGGAUUACAUGCUAGAAAUGGUUUAAGAGUUCUUGAGCAGAGAUCUCUCAUAACUAUUUCUAAUUAUAAUAGUAAAGGUUACAAGUGUAUUGGAAUGCAUGACCAUAUUCAAGAAAUGGGCAGGAAUAUUGUUCGUCGCUCUCACCUGGAUAAGCCUCACAAACAUAGCCGAUUGUGGAUUGCCGAUGAAAUUGAAGAGAUAUUGGCUAAUGAUUUGGUUACUAAAGCAACAAGAUGUAUCCUAGUCCAUGCCGAGAAACUCAAUCCGCAUAUUGUUCUAAAAGGUCUUGGAAAGAUGAAAAAACUUAGACUUCUUGCCGUGGAUAUUGGAUAUCGUUCCCGUACUUCAGAAUUUAAUAAUAUAGACAACCCGGACUUUCCUAAUGCUUUACAAUAUCUACGUGUGGAUUAUUACCCUUUUUGGUCUUUACCCAAAGCAUUUCAAGCAAAUAAUCUUGUUUCACUUGAGAUGGCUAACAGUCAAAUCGUACAACUUUGGGAAGCGGGAGAAAACAAGGUUCUUAACAAGCUUAGAUUCCUUAACCUGAGUUGGUCAAAGUUGAGUACCCUUGACCUUAGGUUUAAUCCAAAUCUUGAGACGUUGAAUCUUGGAGGAUGCUCUAAUUUGGUAGAACUUCACAUGCCUGUUGGAUGUUUGAAGCUCAUAUCUGCCGACAUCUCACAUUCAAGGUUGAGGACUCUUGACCUUGGGCUAGCUCCGAAUCUCACAAAGUUGAUUCUUGCUCGAUGCCGUAAUUUGGUAGAACUUCACAUGCCCCGUAGAUGUCCAGAUCUCAAGUCCCUACAACUCACUCAUUCAAAAUUGAGGACCCUUGACAUUGGGCGGACUCCGGUUCUCGAGAAUUUAGAUCUUGAAGAUUGUUAUUAUUUGGAAGAACUUCACAUGGCUGAUCAAUGUCAAAAUCUCAGAAACCUCAACAUUUGUCAUUCAAAGUUGAGGACUCUUAACCUUGGGCUGAGUCCAAAUCUUAGGACAUUAUAUCUUCAAGAAUGUUGUAAUUUGGUGGAACUUCACAUGCUUGAUAGAUGUCUAUAUCUCACGUCCCUACAACUUGCUAAUUUAAAGGUGAGGACUCUUGACAUUGGCCUUACUCCAAAUCUCAAGACAUUAGAUCUUAGAAACUGUUAUGAUUUGGAAGAACUUCACAUGUCCGUUGGAUGUUUAAAGCUCACAUCCGUCGACCUCACACAUUCAAGGUUGAGGACUCUUGACCUUGGGUUGGCUCUGAAUCUUGAGAUAUUGAUUAUUGAUCAAUGUCCUGAUUUGGUAGAACUUCAAAUGCCUAAUAGAUGUCUAAAUCUCGUAUCCCUACAAAUCACCAAUUCAAAAUUGAGGACCCUUGACAUUGGGCUGACUCCCAAUCUCAAGAAUUUAGAUCUUGAAAAUUCUUAUUAUUUGGAAGAAUUUCACAUGGUCGAUGAAUGUCAAAAGUUGGCAAACCUCAACCUUAGUCAUUCAAAGUUGAGAACCCUUAACCUUGGGUUGACUCCAAAUCUCAAGAACUUAUAUCUUGCACAAUGUUGUAAUUUGGUAGAACUGACCACCCCUCUUGGAUGUCUAAAAGAGAUUUCGCACUUGUAUGUAAGCGGUGGUUUGGGCUUUAGAGCUCUUACGUUUCAGGCAAAGGGUUAUGAAUCUUUUAGUGUAAAAGAAUCACUAAGGGUUGUUCCUUUAGCUGAGUUACAUCUGAUUGAGGUUUCCUUAGAAAGCUGCCCACUUCAUCCCGACAAUAGCUUGGCACUUACUAGAAAUUUUGAGAUGCUUAUUUCUUUUUAUAGAGAAGAUCAGCUCUCACUGACUAGAAAUUUUGAGAUGCUUAUUUCUCUAUUCAAGUGCGCUUGCACAAGCCUUGAGAAGAUUUCAGGAAGCAUUUGUGGAUUACGACGUUUAAGAAAGCUUAAAAUGGAAGGAAGUUUUGUGGAGGUGCCCAAGGACCUUGACGGGUUGGAAUGUCUCGAGGAGUUAAUAUUGUUGUCUACAAAGAUAAACCAUCUUCCAGACACCAUUUGUAAGUUGAAACAUCUGAAAUCUCUCGAACUCAACUUGUGUUCUCUUCUUGAGACGUUACCUGAGGAUCUUGGCUGGUUAGAAUGUUUAGAAAAGCUCACUUUGUAUUUUACAAUCAUUAAACAUCUUCCAGAUAGCAUUUGUAUGCUGAAACAUCUGAAGUCUCUCGAACUUAACGCUUGCUUUCUUCUUGAGAAGUUACCGGAGGAUCUUGGCAGAUUAGAAUGUUUAGAGAAGUUCACUUUGUAUUCUACAACCAUUAAACAUCUUCCAGAUAGCAUUUGUAUGUUGAAACAUCUAAAGUCUCUUGCACUUAACUCAUGUUUUCUUCUUGAGAAGUUACCUGAGGAUCUUGGCCUAUUAGAAUGUUUAGAGAAGUUCACUUUGUAUUAUGCAACCAUUAAACUUCUUCCGGAUAGUAUUUGUAUGUUGAAACAUCUAAAGUCUCUUGAACUUAACUCCUGGUUUUUUCUUGAGAAGUUACCCAAGGAUCUUGGCCAAUUAGAAUAUUUAGAGAAGUUAAAAGUAAUGAAGUGUGAACGUUUACAAGAAAUCCCGAAUAGCAUUGGUGAGAUGAAAUAUCUAAAACAUAUCAAUCUUGCCAAUUGUAUUCGAAUUGAGAAGUUGCCAGAGGGACUUGGAUGUAUAGAGUGCUUAAAAGAGUUGGAUAUAGAAGGUACAAGCAUAAGUCAUAUUCCGCAGAGCAUUCUCUUGUUGAAAGGUCUACUUAUUAUUGGGUCCAAAGGGGUUCUUGAGUCACGUGGCUUUACAUCCGAGAUGCAAACCCCAGGAAAUGGAACAUCGUAG